AGUGAGCUCGAGAUAGCUGCCUGACGAGAGGAAAGGACACCCGGUACAGUCUUUUUUUUGCCUCAGCCCCCAAAGCACACCACACCUGAAAAAACUGACUUUACUUACUAUAGCUUGCUUAUUGGUGAAAUCCAAAAUUUCGUAAGAAAACAAAGACCUGAGAAGGCGAAAGAAAUAGAAAAAGCUGCCCAAGUCUUGUCUUGGUCUUGUGUUCAUUAAUGUCCCCCAAUCCCAUGUCUUUCUUGGUUGGACCAACCCAACCGGUGAUUUACAAUUCCAACAAGUCUCUCUUUUUUUGGGGGGAGCAGAGCACGUUUACAAACAAAGAAAUAUAUCAUGAAUGAGCAGGCCUUAGUUCUCUAUGGACAUCCCUUUGUUAGGUAGGGCCAGUGAUGUCCAAUUUAUGCUAUCGGAUACUAUGUCUUUAGACAGUCUGUCAAGUACCUCUUCCACUAGGUCAGAUGCUGAAAGCGCUCCACCUGACUUUGAGGGGGGACUUAAUCGAAUCUCUAAUGAAUACACUAAGUGGGUGAGGAGAAGCGGGAGGCAAUUACCUCCCGAAUGGACGAUGCCCGACCUUGUUCGGGCUGUUAUUGGAGACGAUCGGAUUGCCCUCUGUAUGCCGGGCUUUCUGACAAAUGACUAUUAUGAUGUCAUGUUACAUGGCCAAAAUGCUUGGUUAUGCGAACAGAUUUUGAACUUUAUAGAUCUCAUCAACUAUGUCUUCUAGUUCCGAAAAUGUGAAAAAAAAGUUUUUCGAGAAAAGGUCCCAUCCUUCAAUAUCAUGAUUGGGUCGACCAGGCCAGAUCAUGAGUGAAUAGAAAAUCGAAAACGUACAUAGCUGUUCCAGCUGAAAUACUAGGAAUAAUUCUACCACUUCUACUAGGAGUAGCCUUUUUAGUGCUAGCGGAACGUAAAGUAAUGGCUUUUGUGCAACGUCGAAAGGGUCCUGAUGUAGUGGGAUCGUUCGGAUUGUUACAACCUCUAGCAGAUGGUUUGAAAUUGAUUCUAAAAGAACCUAUUUCACCAAGUAGUGCUAAUUUCUCCCUUUUUAGAAUGGCUCCAGUGGCUACAUUUAUGUUAAGUCUGGUCGCUCGGGCCGUUGUACCUUUUGAUUAUGGUAUGGUAUUGUCAGAUUCGAACAUAGGGCUACUUUAUUUGUUUGCCAUAUCUUCGUUAGGUGUUUAUGGAAUUAUUACAGCAGGUUGGUCUAGUAAUUAGGGGGCGGCCGUUCGGUCGCCUAUGAGACUAGGACCCAUAGGUCAAAAAUGGGUUAGUGCCGCAGGUGUUGAACGAUCUACUCUACACAGGUGUGGGCUUACAGGGCUAGGGCUCAUAAACCCUUUCUUUCAUUCAAAAAGAGGCCCUGGCUUCUUAAUACUACCAGCUUUCCGGGCCGGGAUCGAUAGAUAAGUGGAAGUCAUAAAAAAGAGAUCUUUCUCUUCGCACCUAAGAUCAAGAGGAAGGGUAGCUUGUCAAGCUGGCCUAUAUAAAAUAUAUAUAUUAUUCUGAUAAUAUCAUAUCUUAUAUAUAUUUUAAGAUUCUCCUUAGUGAAAGUGGCUUUUAACCAGCUGUUCUUCUUUGUCAACGCUACUAAGGACCUAUGGGUUAGCCUACUAUACCCUACUAAUGUAUUGUAUAGUAGGGUGGGUAUAGUAGGCGAGCGAGUUAGCGAAGACGCUUAGGCUAAUAGAUAAGAGAGCGCUCACCCAGAAAGGGGCGUAGCCUUCAUUCUACUACGCUACGCAAAGGUUACGAAGUCACUUAGCUCGACGUUAGGAGAGUAAAGGGGGAAGGCCAUACCCACAUAGAAGAACCGCUGUUCGCUUACUUUCUAAGGUCUAACCUUUCGCUCCCCUACUGAAAAGGGGCACAAAGCCGCUUUGCACCACUGAUAGACUACUUAAGAUUCAAUUCAAAAGGCCCUACUUAGUUUCGCAAGCCUUUGUCAUUGUAAGUCAACUAAGUAGGGCCUGAGGCCCCCUGCGAAUCCGUAAAUCUGAGGAGCAUGC